UAUAGUUACAGUUUUCUGAAGUUUACUUAGAAAAAAAUAAAGCGCGAAACUGCAAGCCUCCUUCCGUUGCAAGCCAUGGCGGAAGCGCCACCGCCACCGCGGCCGCCGGCCUCCUCGUCGGCGGCGGCGGAAGCCCGGGUGCUCCCUCCCACGAUGCUCCACGCGCCUUCUCCGUUGAGCAGCCGACGCGCGAGCAGGGCGGCGGCGGGGGGGCGAGGCGGGAGGGGGAGGAGGAAGGGAGGGGCGCCGAUUCCGGCGGCCGGGGCGGGAGGAGGAGGAGGAGGGAGCGGGGUGGACAGGCUCGCCGAUGCGGUGAGGUUGAUCGGGAGGGACGUGGACCCCGGGGUCGCCGGCGCCGACAUCCUGGAGCUAGCCAUGGCGAAGGGGCCCAUGUUCUCGUGGCUGAGCUACUGGCCGGAGGAAGGGUACCCCAAGGAGGAACACCCCUACUGAUGCAUCCCCUCUUCGCAGCUACAAUAAUAG